GACAGUGUCAGGCUGGAGUCCCUGCUGAGCUCUGCACAAACUCAACCUCCUCCUAAUACUUCAUAAGCCCAGGCUCCUUGGCAGCUCCGGGCCCCGCCCCAGUAGGAGGAGCCUAACAAGCUCACUCCGCUACAAUCCCGGAAGCCGGGCGGUAUAAGUGCCUCUAGGCCCCUCCCAUCUUCCGAGCACCUUCGUCUCAUUGGCUUUGUCACUUUUGAGCGACGUGUAUUAGCCACGCCUCUCUAGCGCCGCUGCGCGCCGAGGUCCGGAGUGCUUCCAGUUGAGGGAUGGCGGCUACGGCAGGUAGAUCUCGGCUGCUGGUGCUCUCCAGGAGCGUCGCGGGGCUGACAGCGGGCUUUCCCGGACUCGGAGUCAGCAGACAGCGGCCUCACAGGACGGUGCACCAGAGACUUCCUCCAUGGCUGAGCCAAAAAGUAGCAUUUUGCAGUGCAGCAUCGCCCUCUGAUGCUGUGACUGUGGCUUACCAAAAUGGAUUGCCGGUGGUAACAGUCAGCCUGCCAUCCCGACAAGAGAAAUGCCGCUUUACACUGAAGCCUAUUUCAGAUUCUGUGGGAGUAUUUCUGCAGCAGCUCCAGGAUGAAGACCGGGGAAUCGACAGAGUAGCUAUCUACUCCGCAGAUGGAGCCCGUGUUGCCUCUUCCACAGGCAUUGAUGUUCUUCUACUAGAUGACUUCAAACUGUCCAUUAAUGAUAAAAUAUACGAUGUGCGGACACCAAAAAGAGAACUGUUAAGCCAUGAACAUGCAACGACUAUGAAUGACGUAAAGCAUCUUGUGCAGCAGUUGCACAGCUCUAUGCAUAUCAAGGAUUUCCAGGUCAGCAGGGAGAAGGAGCUCUGUAGUCGACUAGAGCAGCUUCAGGGGCAGCUUGAACCUCAUGAAAAGGCUCGGCUUAAGACAGCUCAGAAAGCAGCGAAGAUGACCAGGAUUGUCCAGUGGGGCGGCUUAGCUUAUAUGUCUGUACAGUUUGGAAUCCUCGCUCGCCUGACGUGGUGGGAAUACUCCUGGGAUAUCAUGGAGCCUGUCACUUACUUCAUCACGUAUAGCGGUAUCAUUGGAAUGUAUUGUUAUUUUCUACUUACAGGCAAGGAAUAUAUUUAUCCAGAUGCCACAGACAGACAGUUCCUUAAUUUUUUCCAUAAAACGGCCAGAAAAACAGGUUUUAAUUAUGUAGAAUACAAUCGACUCAAGGAUGAUAUUGCUCAGGUUGAGUUGGACCUUAAAAGACUGCGUGAUCCUCUGCAGAUGCAUCUCCCGAUCCAACAAAUUGAUGACAAAGAAAGAUUGCAAAACUCCUAAAUCCCCAGCAAAACCUGUGGAUAUCUCUUGCCUUUGAAAUUAAAGCAUUAUUGGUGGUAGCUGGGAUGUGGUAUUGGGAUGGGUGAUCAUGUCUCCCUCUUAUUUUGUGUUUCUUCCAUACAUUUUUUUUUUAUUUUUUUGUAUUUUUUAAAACUUUUUAGGCUGCUGCUUAAGACCAGACAGAAGUGAAUUUAAGGAGAACUUGGAGCCUUGGCUUUGUUAAACCUUCUGAGGCUAAAAAAGGUUCUUAUUUAGUCCAUAUCAAUUAUUUUACUUGUCAAGAAAUGCAGAUGAAUGAUACACAAAAGUAUAAAAGUUCUGGACUAUGAAUAACUAUUUUUUUUAUUAGAUUUUUUUUGUUUUUUCUUUUCCUCGUUUUAUGGCAAGUUAGAAUGUGGCAGGUUCCUGUGGGGCACAUUGGGUUAAUGGUCUGCUGGUUCACUGGUAACACGCGUAACACAGGGCACGAAGUAUGCCAUUUGGAGAAACCGUGGACCAGUAGUAACCUCACUAUAAAGCUAGUCUGCAGUCUUCAAGCAUUUGUUGUAACAAUGUGAAGGCCUUCUGCUGCCUAGCUGUCAUGAUGAGCUCCAGGCUCAUGCACAUGCCUUUCUGUGUUUAGAUACAGCACUGUUCAAUUUUAAUCCAAGCCCCCAAAACAGUGAAACCUCCUGCUAUGCAUUUUAAGAAACUGCACGUGACUUUGUUUUUUCACUCUCUUUUUCUUUGUAACCACUUUAUUAAACGUCCAUUUCCCCCAUCCCUCUCCCUCCCACUGCCUUGGCUAUAUAUAUAUACUUCAGGGGCUCAAUGCAUGAUAGGCUUUUAUGUCUUUUUUUUUUUAUUUGUUUUUGUCUUUUUUUAUAUUGGGAGGGAGAUGUUCCCCUGUUCUACACUCCUGAUUGGAUGAUCAGUUGGGUAGAAAAUCAGGGUUGCAUGAAUAUGAAGGGGGUUACCACCUUAUUCUAAUGCAAUGAAAAUCUUCAUAGAGAUUUCAAUCUUCUGGUUCAUCCCCUGUUGACAGAAGUGCAACAUCUUCCUGGAUGAAAUAUCUCAUAUCUGGCCUUGUCUAUAUUUUGUGUACAUUAUCGAUGUACCACUGAAGGACUGGAGAGUGGCAACAACUGAGAUAUCAACUCUCUUUUGCUCCAAAGUUUUCAGGGGUUCUCUUGCCUUUUUUU